AUGAUUCGCACGCGGCCCGAAUACUACCUGGAUGCCCAGGCCAAGGCUGUCUUCAAGAAAGAAUUCAAACGGGCAGUUUCCGCCGUGGCGUAUGUCGAACACGGCGAGCUUUCGGUUCCCAAAAGACCUUCCUAUUCAACCUAUACCAGCAACGAGCCACGUCAGUGGUGGUUGGCUUCUCUGGAUUGUCGCCAUGCGGAUAUGGCUCGACUGCUUGGUUUGAAUCCCAAAUUGGUCGACUGGCAUGUACGUCGAUAA